UUAGAAAAUCAGCUAUCAAAUAAUUAGUUUAUUAUAUGUAUAUAUAUUAGCGAUCAAAUGGGAGACUCGCAAGAAAAUAAUAGAGGAAAAAGUAAAGACAAAGAUUAUGUAACUUGGACAAUGGAGGAAACCAAUGAGUUGUUACAUCUCUUGGUGGAUGCUAUGAAUAGGGGGAUGCGUGAUGCUAAUGGAUUACUUAGCAAACAAACUGUAGAACGGUCAAUACUUCCUGACCUAAAUGCUAAGACUAGGUUCCCUAAAACUUAUACUCACUAUUUGAGUCGGAUGAAGUGGUUUAAGAACCAAUAUAACAUGAUGUCAACACUUAUGCGUCACAACUCUGGUUUUGGAUGGGACUCAAUUGCAAAAACUUUCACCGCUACUGAGGAAGUAUGGAAAGAUUACUUAAAGUCACACCCAAGUCACAACAAACUUCGAGGAAAGACUAUGAUUGAUUAUGAGUAUUUAAAGAUUGUUGUUGGGGGUGGAGUUUCUACCGGGAAUAAUUCCAUAGCGGUAGAUCCAGAUGAUACAGAUGCAACAACUUUAGAGCCAGAAAAUGCAACAACUUAUGAGCCAGAAAAUAGAAGUGUUGGGAUAGAAGAAUUUUCAUAUGAUGCUAAUAGUGACACAUUUGUCCCUCCAGAUAACUAUGAACCACAAUAUCAACCUCCAUCACCAAGCCAACCUAGUCCACCAUCUCAUCCCCCUUUAAAUUCAGAGGUUCCCUUAGAAAGACAAAACAGUCACAAGAGAAAGAGAUUCGAGUAUGGAGGAAGUUAUACCACUGUUGGGAUCAACAAUCAAGACAAUGUUAUGAGAAACCUUUCUGUUGGCAUUGAGACUAUUGCUGUGAAUUUUGAAAAAAUAUCUAACAUGAUGGAGAAAAGAGAAAAAGAUAGAGAUAGAGAUAGAGAGCUCGAGGGUAUUAUUUGGGAAGUUAUAAAAGAUAUUCCAAAUUUGAAUGACAUGACGCGUUUCAAGACGGCUGAAUUGUUGAAUACUAAAGCAAAAAAGGACUUUUUCUUAAAGAUGUCAUCAGAAGAACGCUCAUCUUGGAUAAAAUUCAAGUUAGGGGAUGAUUAAUAUUUUGAUCAUCUAUUAUUUAAAAUAUUAUGUUAAACAUCGUGAGUUUGUUGAACUAUAACUUUUGGGUCUCUAUUUUGGUUGUA